CUCUCUACCCGCAGUUCCCAAGGUUACACACUCUGCCAAAUAAACUACCCGCUUGAUUUGUUUCCCACAUGCCUGCCCGUUCCCGCCAUCUCCUCGACCUCGAGAUUGUUCCCUCGAGGUUCUCUGGCAUCCAGAAACUACGACCAGGGAGACACAAACGACUAGAACGCGUAGACCAGAGAGCCAUAAGCAAGAUCAGGGUGCAAUCUCGCCAGUUGUUGCGUGUGCCGUCAUUCGUUUCCUCCAUCCUCAGUUGCGUGUGCCGAUUGUUCUCUUCGCACUCCCGUUCCUCUCCUCCCACCGAGAUAGCUUGAAGAGACCGCGAGCCAAGUCAGCAGCGACGCAUAGUUCUUGUGGGCUUUAUCAGGAGUAUGUGCUACUCAUGUGCUACUCUAGAGGAAAAGCAUGCUUACGUUGAUGGGUGAUACGUUAUCGCAUGUCGCACGAAGAGCGUGGAAUACGCAAGCUGAUUUCCCGCCGCUCGUCGACGUGCCUCUUCAAAUAGCAGUGCAAGAUGAAGGCCUUUCUCCCCUCCCGCCGCUCCCUUCGUCGCGUUUCCAGCCCUCGCCUUCACCCCGUUUCACGCCGUCACCAUCUCCGCGUUUCUCUUACUCCCAAGCCACGAAUAGAGGUUCCCCGGACCCUACUAGUACUAUGACUCGCUCCCCGCCGUCACCGCAAUUCGCAUCCCUUCGGCAAUCAUCUCCUAGAGUCCCAUCGUACUCGCAAGCGACGAAUAUAGGCUCUGCAGUGCCUACUAUGACUCGCUCCCCGCCGUCACCGCAUUUUUCUUCCGCUUCCCAAUCGCGUGGAGCCCAAUCGUACUCGCAAGCCACGAAUAAAGGUUCCCCCGACCCUGGUGUUGCUCGCUCCCCGCCUUCGCCGCAAUUUUCUUCCGCUUCCCCAUCUCUUGGAGCGCCAUCGCCUGGAGCGCCAUCGCCUGGAGCCCAAUCGUACUCUCAAGCCACGAAUAGAGGUUCCCCCGACCCUGGUAUGGCUCGCUCCCCGAUGUCGCCGCAAUUCGCUUCCACCUUGCCGUCACCCCGAAGCUCCGACCCGUUACAAGGCCCGUUAUCCGUUAGAAGGAGUGCCGACUCGUUACAAGGCUCGUUUCAACUGGGACCCGUUACGAGGAGCCCCGACCCGUUACAGGUUCCGUUUCCGCCAAGACCCGUUACAGGCUCGCUUCUAACGGGUCAGUGGGACGAAAACGAGCAACGAGUUAGAGGUUCGACAGGAGUUCUGGGAGGUGUAGAUGGAUUCGAAUGGGUGAAGAGCUCGCCGCAGCAGCAGGCACCUGGAUUGUGGGAUUCAGUACAGUCACCCGAGCCGUCCCCUCUGCCGUCUAGUUUCCCGUCUCUGUCUAGAUUGACGUCUCCGUCUGGAUUGACGUCUCCGUCUGGAUCGACGCCUCCGUCUGAUUUGACGUCGUCAUCUCCUUCGUCGUCUGUGUUGUCCUCGAAUAGCGCUAAUUGGGCUGGCCAUGCUUGGAUGAAUCCACAACCAAUAGUGGUAUCCCAGCAGCAGCAGUGGUCGCAGCAGCAACUGCAGGAGCAGCAGCAACAGCAGUGGUCUCAGCAGCAACAGCAAGAGACGCAGGCAAAACAGCAGCAGUGGUCGCGACAGCAGCAGCAGGAGCAGGAGCAACAACAACAGCAGCAGCAGCAGCAGCAGCAGCAGCAGCAGCAGCAACAGCGGCAGGAGCAGCAGCAACAGUGGUCACAGCAGCAACAACUCGUUGCAGCUUUUCCGCUUCUGCAGCUUCAAGAGCAGCUACGGCAGCAGCUUCAUUUACAGUCCGACGCGCAGCAGCAGCAGCAGCAGCAGCAGCAGCAGCAGCAGCAGCGUGGGAUUCUGCAGCAGAAAAUACGGUACCCAUCCCCACCUGUACAGGAGCAGGAGCUACAGCAGCAGCAGCAAGAGCUGCAGCAGCAGCAGCAAGAGCUGCAGCAGCAGCAACAAGAGCUGCAGCAGCAGCAGUGGUCACAGCAGCAGCAGCAGGAGAAUCAGCAGCAGCAGCGGCUUCAGUUGGCUCAGUGGCAUCUGGCCCAGGCAGAGCUGCAAACGCAACUGCAAGCACUGGAGCAAUUGGCUGCUUCGGCCCAAACCUCCGCCGCAGCCUCGGCCCAAGCCGCAGCUUCGGUCCAAGCUGCAAGGCUUGAAUCUCAGCUGAAAGCUGCACAAUUUGAAUCUCAGCUACAGAUUCCUGCCACGUCAGCACAGGUUGCUAAUGCUUUCGCCACAGCCCACGCCCAAGGCUCACCCGCAAGGCUCCGGGAGCUUCUGCUCCGGGCGCAGCAGGAUAGGUUCGGAAAUAUAACGAACUCUUCACCUCCGAACCUCCCAGCCCCAAACCUCCGUUCCAUCCCUGGUCCGGACACCAGGCCGUGGUUCGGACAGCCCCAGGCUCGGACAGAAUGUGAGGGGCCUAUUUAUGGGCAACCAAGGGGCUUUCUGGGGCCAAACACGUGGCAGCAGUACGGUGUGCCAGGUGGCUCUACGUCACCAUCACCAUCACCCUCACCAUCGUCAGCACCUGCUGCUGCCGCCCUUGCUGCUGCUAGAGCAGCGGGUUUGCGUAAACCCCGAGGGUACGGGCAAGCAGGCAGGAGCCUGGCGCAACCAGGCCGGGGCCCUGCAUCAGCUUAUAAUGGAUCAUCAAGAGGCUCUCCUAGAAAGGGCGGCAGGGGAGGAAAAGGGCCUUCAUUCAACAGCAGCAGCAGCAGUGGCGCUGUAUCCUAUCCACCGUUUUCCCCAAGAGCUGUUUUAGAUUCGUCGCGCGCUAUUGCUCAUAACGAGUCUGCUCUUAGCGAAACGUCAAGUGAGGGAAGCAGUGGGGUGGAUGCUCUGGCCGCUCAUCUGCAGGAGCUGAUAUGCGGCUGGCAGGACUUGUCUCAUAUCCCGAAUGUACAGGUGAAGGGGGGAGUGAGCAGCCCGGCCGUUUGCACUGUGAAUGAGAAAGAUGACCAUGAUGAGUUGCCAUCGCAAGAAGAGCUUGAUGCAUGCAUGUUGUAAAACAGGUUUUGCUGAAGGCCCUGUUCUCUCUCGAGGACAGGGGGGAGGAUGAUGAGUUGUCGCGUCAAGAUCGACCUUGUCAUCCUCUGACAGCUUCUAUUCUUGUCUUUGAAUCCAUUUUUUUUUCUGUUGCACUUCCAUGUUUUGUACAUAGCCUUUUUUUUAUAUUGAAUUAUUGGUUA